AUGACUCGGUCUAUAACUCCAACUACCACCCGGUCUGUAAACUCGGCUGCCAGUAGUAGGGCUGCGACGCCGACGGGGCAACCAAAGCUGGAACGCCGAGCUCCCUCUACCGAAAAGGUAUCGUCGUUUCGUAAGCCGUCACUGGCGACUUUUAGUCGAGUGGUGUCUAGGCUUUCGAAGCCUUCCUCUGCCGGUACGCUGUUGUCGUCAGACCAGGCGUCGCAACUGAAAAGACCAUCGAAUUCUUCUUUAAAGCGGGACAACUCACCAAGCAAGACUCUGUCCGCUAAGCCUUCGGCGUCACAUCUCGCCCCUCCCUCGCCCUCCAAGUUGCCAGCUAAUAUCGCUGCGUCGGCUGAAGUCAGUAAGCUUCAAGCAGAGCUCCUACAGCUGUAUCUGCUCCACCAGGAGGCUCCCGCCGUGGAUGCCGAAUGGCGAGCGAGUGCCAAGCAGAAACUGGGGAACCGGUUCCAGAAGCUGAGCGAAGAGAGCAGAGAGGUUGCUGAGCAGGAGAGUAUAGCACUGGAAAAGCGGAACGUGCUCGCACUCCGACGAUGGGGCAGCGGUGGUAGACUGGACGAAAAGAUCCAGUCUCUGGAAUCCAUCGUUACGAAUGUAUGGUCGCUGAGCGACCCAGGUGGCCGAUAUGCUCGUGUGGUGCGACAUUUCGAGAUUUGGAUCGAUGGCGUGAGUGAGAUGGAGGACGCGAGACGAAAGGGGGUCAUGCUCACCCAAGGAAACGAGAAUUUGUUCAUUGAAGACUUGGAUGCCCGAUGGAAAGAAGAGCGUGGCGAUCUCAUCAAGCUUCUGACCGAGUGGAGGCAGCAGCUCAGCGAUAUCGAUGACCUGAGUCGGGACGAGUUUUGUGAGCCGCCGGAGGAGGACGAGAAAUCUAGCUUGGAGAAGAUGCUGGACGGAUCGCGCAUGCUGAUUGACGACAUGUUGGCCGAGUUGGAGAUUAUGGAGGAGGUUGAGCAUGAGGCGCUUGCGAGGGAAGAUGAGUGGAUCGAGAAGAUGAAUAGGCAUGAGUAUGACGACCUCCGGGUCUCGCGGGUGAGAGGUGCCUGGAACGAAAUGUGA